UUCCAUUGUUGACGUAAAUAUAUAUAUUUAUGAUAACUAGUGAGAAAAGUAGUAAAAUUGUAGUUUUUUACAGUUUUGGCUUAGAGUCUCUAACAGAAAUAUGAACAGUAUUGUUUUAUUUGCUGUGUGCCUGGUUAUUGUAACCAAUUACACGGUUAACAGCGAAACAGAAGAAGAACUAAGACAAGAAUGGGACCAGGCCAUUAAAAAUUGUAAACUAAGUAAGGAAAUUGUCGAUAAACUGCUUGGGCCAUCCUUGGAUGCUUCUUUUGCCAAAGAGAUUACCUGCAUAUACAAAUCGCUAGAAUUUAUGAAUCCCGAUGGUACAUUUAACAAGGAUAAAUUUCGAGUGCGUUUAAAGAAUAUAUUAAGCGAUGAUGAUAAGAUAGAAAAAGUUAUUAACAUGUGUGUUGUACAGAAAGAUACCGAUGAAGAAAGUGGUCUAUAUUUGUUUAAUUGUAUGGGAAAACUUUUCAAACAAUAACAAAUAUUGACUUCUGCUUUGAUUGUGUAUUCGAUAAACGACAAUUUAUAAUUAAUUAGUAAUGCUUUUAAAUUAUUCUGAUUUUCUUUAUGUUAUAUAUUAUAUACUAUUGUAUACAAUUAAAAUUUUAAAAUAA